UUAUUUACUUAUCUAGUUAUCUUCUUCUUCCCCGUCCUCAAAUUUCGAAAGCAGAGAGCAGAGCAGAAAUGACGGUGAAGAUAAGGCUCGCGCGUCUCGGUUGCAAACAUCGACCCUUUUAUCGGGUAGUUGUUGCUGAUGAGAAGUCGCGGAGGGACGGCAAGCAAAUCGAGGUUUUAGGGUUUUAUGACCCACUCCAAGGGAAAGAAGAUGAGAAUCGAGUGAGCCUCAAAUUCGACAGGAUCAAGUACUGGUUGUCUGUUGGAGCUCAACCAACAGACACAGUCGAAAGCAUGCUUUUCAGGGCCGGUUUGAAACCCCCAAAGCCAAUGGUUGUAGUAGGUUCGAAAAAUGGCCAGCAAUCUACCAGCCAGCAUGUUUCACCCAUUACAGGUGAAAUCUUGAACUAAGAGUGUUUGAUAUGAUGAGCAGAGAGAGAGAGAGAGAGAGAGAGAGCUAUUCUGUCUAUGUUGUUGAUGUAAUGCUUCAUUAUUUUGUUAAGACUUUUGUUGUGUAUUGAGUAUUGAACCUGAGUUUGUUGAAUUCUCAAUAAGAGCAUGCCUUUUUUUUUAGUUCA